GUUUAGCUGGCCCCACUACACUGCCAACGCAAUACAGUUUCUUUUUUGCACCAUUUCGCGUUUGGGUUUGCCUUUAAAUUCUCUCUCAAACCCAAACCCUUUCUUCUCAUUCUCAAUUUAAUUCUCUUCCAUAAUCCAAUUCUCGGUGAAAAUGGGAAACAAGUUGAAUGUGGUGGUGUUAUGUUUGUGUUUGUGGACACUCUUGUUUUCUCUUGUUUCCUGUGCACCAAAUGAAGGGUUGCGUAGGAUCGGUUUGAAAAAGAACAAACUGGAACCCAAAAACUUGUUGGGGUCGAAGGGUUGUGAAUCAUCAUGGUCUUCCAUUAGGAAUUAUGCUUCCAAAAACAUCCUUGGAGGAGCUGGAGAAGCUGAUGUUGUUGCAUUGAAGAAUUACUUGGAUGCUCAGUACUAUGGUGAAAUAUCCAUUGGUACUCCUCCUCAGACUUUUACUGUGAUUUUCGAUACUGGUAGCUCUAAUACUUGGGUGCCAUCAGUUAAAUGUUACUUCUCGCUUGCAUGUUUAGUCCAUGCUAAGUACAAGUCUAGCCAGUCAAGUACCUACAAGCCAAAUGGGACUCAUGCUGCAAUUCAGUAUGGUACUGGAGCAGUUUCUGGCUUCUUUAGCUACGACAAUGUAAAAGUUGGCGAUGUAGUUGUGAAGGACGUGGAAUUUAUUGAAGCGACUAGAGAGCCUGGACUUACAUUUGUCGCGGCUAAGUUUGAUGGUUUGCUUGGACUUGGAUUUCAAGAGAUAUCAGUUGGAAAUGCUGUCCCAAUAUGGUACAAAAUGGUUAAACAAGGUCUUGUUAAGGAUCCUGUAUUUUCAUUUUGGCUCAAUCGUAAUCCGAAUGAGGAGCAAGGAGGUGAGCUUGUUUUUGGUGGUGUUGAUCCUGCUCACUUCAAGGGCGAACAUACUUACGUGCCUGUGACGCGAAAAGGAUAUUGGCAGUUUGCAAUGGGAGAUGUUCUUAUUGAUGGAAAACCCACUGGAUAUUGUGCUAAUGAUUGUUCAGCAAUAGCAGACUCAGGGACGUCUUUGUUGGCAGGUCCAACGACUGUAAUUACUAUGAUAAACCAAGCAAUUGGAGCAUCUGGAGUUUACAGUCAAGAAUGCAGGACUGUUGUUGAUCAAUAUGGACAUUCAAUUUUGCAAUUGCUCGUGGCUGAAGCACAGCCAAAAAAGGUCUGCUCCCAAAUUGGGUUGUGCACAUUUGAUGGCACUCAGGGUAUUAGUAUGGGUAUCCAGAGUGUGGUGGAACAGACUGAUAGAAUAUCAUCCGGUGGUCAUCAAGAUGCUACUUGUUCUGUAUGCGAGAUGGCUGUUGUCUGGAUGCAGAACCAGCUGAAGCAGAAUCAAACAGAAGAGCGGAUAAUAAACUACGCCGAUUCGCUUUGUGACAAAAUGCCUAACCCAUUGGGACAAUCAUCUGUUGAUUGUGCAAAGAUCUCUUCCAUGCCUAAAGUUUCCUUCACCAUUGGUGGCAAAAAAUUUGACCUUGCCCCAGAAGAGUACAUAUUGAAGGUGGGUGAAGGUGCUGCAGCCCAAUGCAUUAGUGGCUUUACUGCUUUGGAUGUUCCUCCUCCACGUGGCCCACUCUGGAUCCUUGGAGAUAUCUUCAUGGGGCGCUAUCAUACAGUCUUUGACUAUGGUAAACUCAGAGUUGGAUUUGCCGAAGCAGCAUAGAGAAUAUUCUCAUGCCUUUAUUUGCCAGUAGUUGUUUUUUUCUGCUUCAGAAAAUUAGUAUGAACAAACAAGAAAUAUCAUGGGAAAGAUAAGCCUCAGUGGCAACAGUUAUAUUUGCUUAUAAUAGUUUGUAUAACUUUGCAAUCAAAAUGAGCCUAAAGUUGUGGUUGUGUAUAUAUCAAAUAUCAAGUAUCAAAUUUAAUAUUCUCGCA